UUUCUCAAGCAAUUAGGUCUGCAUCCUAACUGGCAGUUUGUUGAUGUAUAUGGAAUGGAUCCUGAACUUCUUAGCAUGGUACCAAGACCAGUUUGUGCAGUGUUACUUCUCUUCCCUAUUACAGAAAAGUAUGAAAUAUUCAGAACAGAAGAAGAGGAAAAAAUAAAAUCUCAGGGACAGGACGUGACAUCAUCAGUAUAUUUCAUGAAGCAAACAAUCAGCAAUGCCUGUGGAACAAUUGGAUUGAUCCAUGCUAUUGCGAACAAUAAAGACAAGAUGCACUUUGAAUCUGGAUCAACCUUGAAAAAAUUCCUGGAAGAGUCUGUGUCAAUGAGCCCUGAAGAACGAGCCAAAUACCUGGAGAACUAUGACGCCAUUCGAGUGACUCAUGAGACCAGUGCCCACGAAGGUCAGACUGAGGCACCAAAUAUAGAUGAAAAAGUAGAUCUUCAUUUUAUUGCAUUAGUUCAUGUAGAUGGGCAUCUCUAUGAAUUAGAUGGGCGGAAACCAUUUCCAAUUAACCAUGGAAAAACUAGUGAUGAAACUUUAUUAGAGGAUGCCAUAGAAGUUUGCAAGAAGUUUAUGGAACGUGACCCUGAUGAAUUAAGAUUUAACGCGAUCGCUCUUUCUGCAGCAUAGUUUGUCAAUAAUGGAAACACCAAAUACUGUAUUACUUACAACAAACAUUAAAUUUCUGCUGCCAUACACUAAGUGAAAAAUUUUGAUAUUUUCAUUAACCUGAUUAAACUUUAUGUGGAUUAAACUUUGACUUAACUUGUGUUUUAUAUU